AUGCAUCCCACUAGCCGUGACUCACUCCAAUCGUCUGCCUGCGAUGGCGAAGCAAGCAGUGUUGCUGCCGUAGCUGCCAGCGGGGUCUACCCCUCAGAGUAUACACCACAAGAUCUUAAUGGCAAUAAAAGGGCUACACGCGUCUCUGUGAGCCUAGAGGAUGGGGUGGAGAGCACCACCUCCGACGAGGAGGACUGUUUGGUGGACGAGGCUACGGUCCGAGCUGGUAUUCGGUCACUUCGCGCCUAUAGAGAUGCGUAUGCAGCCAGGGGCCAAUACGGGGACGCACAAAUUGCACAAAGUCACAUUGAGGAGUUAGAAGCUUACCUCUUCGCUGUAGUGCAAGAAAGGAUUAGAGGCAAGCACUUGCUGCAGCAGGCAGCAGUAGAGCAUGCCCACUAUGAGGAGAUCGAGAGGCUUACAACAGCAUGGGUGCGAGUGCACAUUCAUGAACACCGAAGGAACACGAGAUCUAAACGAAUUUAUGAGCCUAGAGAAUCCGUUAGGCCUUGA